AGUUAGGAUCUUCCUGUAUUAUAUAUACGAGGCUUAGCCCUCCGUUAAUAAUAUAGAAAAUAAUAAUUCUUCACGAAGUAGCAGAGCUGCAAUGGAAGAGGAUGGUGGACGAUCUUCUCCGGGAACGGAAGCUGAGGAACUGUAUGGCGAUCUGCGACGUCUCCGGAAGCAUGGAAGGGACUCCGAUGGACGUUUCCGUUGCGUUAGGCCUUCUCGUCUCCGAUCUGAGCGAGGAGCCAUGGAAGGGGAAGCUGAUCACCUUCAGCCAGAACCCCACUCUCCAGAUGGUCGCCGGAGAUUCCCUCCGGGAGAAGAUGUGGUUCGUGAAACGCAUGCAGUGGGGGAUGAACACCGACUUCCAGAAGGUGUUCGAUCUGAUCCUCGAGGUCGCCGUGAACGGGAAGCUGAAGCCGGAGCAGAUGAUCAAGAGGCUCUUCGUCUUCAGCGACAUGGAGUUCGACCAAGCUCGCGCCGGAAUCUACCAUUCCUACGGCGGCUACAGUCCCUAUACUGAACCUUCCUCCUGGGACACGGAUUACCAGGAAAUCGUGAGGAAGUUCACGGAGAAGGGGUACGGGGACGCGGUCCCGGAGAUUGUGUUCUGGAAUCUACGGGACUCGAGGGCGACACCGGUUCCCGGGAGCCAGAAGGGGGUGGCGCUGGUGAGCAGGUUUUCGAAGAAUCUGUUGAAGCUUUUCUUCAAAGACGAUGGAGUGAUCAGUCCCUUGGUGAUGAUGGAGGCCGCCAUCUCCAAGAAAGAGUAUCAGAACCUGGUUGUGGUCGACUGAUCCACCAUGGACAUGGAUCUUAAUAGGUUUUUUUUAAGGGAACCUUAUUAAAAAACACUAAAACAUAAUGAUAAUG